UUAGCUGUUUUUGUAAGCACAUUAACUGUAGAUCGUGUAGGCAGAAGAAUACUGCUAUUAGCAUCUAUAAUAUGUUUAGGUUUAACAACUUUUGUACUUGGAAUUUAUUUUUAUCUAUUGGAUAAUGACAUUGACGUAAAUUCUAUUACAUGGCUACCUCCGACAUCUUUAUGUAUUUUUAUUAUUAUGUUUAAUAUGGGUUUUGGUCCACUUCCAUGGAUGAUGAUGGGUGAACUUUUCGCAGCAGAAGUUAAGGGUGUAGCUGCAAGUAGUGCUUGUUUUUUAAAUUGGGUAUUAGUUUUUAUUGUUACUAAAUUUUUCAGUGAUCUUUCAAAUGCAAUUGGUAUUGGUCCUACAUUUUGGUUAUUUGCUGUAGUCUGUGUUAUUGGAAUAUUUUUUGUAUACUUCUUAGUUCCUGAAACAAAAGGGAAAUCUUUAGAAGACAUUCAAAAAGAAUUAAAUGGCUCCUAAGUAUUAUUAUUGUUUAUGAUACAUUAGUUCAAAAUUAUUUCAAGAAAGGCAAUGUAAAAUAUAUUUGUAAUAAACAAUUAAAAUUAAACAUUUUU